UGCACGAGCCGCCUGAGAGAGGAAGUGCAGUGUGUCUUACGUUGAGAGCAAAGUGGGCAGAGCCGCGGCUGAAGGAUAUCAGCUCGGGCGGGAGGGAGCGACGAGGACACACAGCACACAGGAGCCAGGCGCCGAGGACGCGCGGCAGCAGCGAGAGAGAGACAGAGAGAGAGAGAGAUGCGGCCCCGGCGAAACGAAGGAAAACGCCCGAACAUGCCGAGGGAGACGUCGGCGGGUUGAGUCGGCCUAAAGGAAAACUGGGGAUUCCCUUGAAGUUUAGAGAAAUUGUGUCAAAGGAGAAAAUGGAUCGUCUCAUCCAUGCUAAAUGGGGUCAACAUUUAACCACCAGGGAGCGAUGAGUGGAAGAAUACUGGAGAUUCGUACUGCAACUCGGAAUUCAAACAUGAUGAUAUGGGGUGAAGAUUUUCAAAUUUUGAAGAAAAAGAAGACUGCUAUACGCCAGUCAACUGGAUAUUGCUGAAGUGGCGACAGCGUUUUUUAACGUGAAGAUGGAAGCAUUUUUUGGGCGGUAAACCAAAAGUUUACGAGAUACAACCGUUUUUUUUUUUGUUUUUUUUACUGGACUUUGCCAUUUGGAUCAUUUGAUUUUUGACAACCUGGAGACUGGAACGAAGUUGUCGGCUGUUUGGCGGACUUGAACAAUUGGUUAUUUUUUUUCGCGAAAUCAGCCUUUGUACAUUUGAUUUUCAAAUAUUUUUAAAUAAAGUGUAUGUAAUCGCAUUUUUCCCCUGGCUUUGUUUCAAUAACUAACAAUGCAGAAAAUUACAAUGGGACAUUCAGUGUAAUAUUUUGAUAACAGCAGAGCUAAAAAAGGACAGUUCUCAACAUUCCGUUAUUUUGUAAUACAAAUUAACUUGGUUUGCACUGGCUUCGUUUCAGUCAGUCAUCAAUGGAUGCUAAUUUCGGGAAGCUUCGUACUCUGUCGGCGGAUCUCCUGAAGUAUAGCUCUAAUUCAGAAGACGUAUCGAUUCUACAAAAUGAUUAGAUAAAAUAAGUGUGUGAAAUGUGUCGGUUCCAAUCAGUCUCACUGGUAACUCUGCUUAAUCCAUUAAAACCACUGAAGAACACAAACAUUCAAUAUGACGAGAGGCAACAAAGGAUUUGGCUUGAACAGAAAUGGUUUCCAAAGGCUCUCUAAAAUGGCUCCUGGUUGUCCUUCUUCCGGUCUGAGCAGGAAGUGAUGCAAUUGGUGCAACCCAAAUUAUAUACUUUUAAACCCCUCCGUUGUCCCACCAUCUUUUUUAACGAAGUUGGAAGUAAAUAUUUUAAUCUCAGUUCUUGGCCUUUAAAAAAAAUGACGUUUGAUUUUAAAAGCACAUUUUAAACAUAAUAAAAGGGGUGGGACUUAACCAUCACCUGAGUGUGUGGGUAAAUGGAAAUAACGUCAAUCAAAAGGCGAAGCUUUCAGAGCUAGGAAGGAGCUCUAGAUGGCGGCUGAGCCUUGGGAAGGGUGCCAUUGGCUUUCGUCAGACAGUUUCUCUGCUCCGGUUUUCGACGGAGACCGCCCGAUUUUUACCAAAAAUUAAAGCGCCCCGGUCGUUCGGUCGGUGUUUUAUCGAGCGUUUGGGCAUUUUCUCGUGUUUUUGGGGGUCGUUUUGGUCGAGCCGAGCGAGGCGCCCGCGCGGAGGGAGAGCUCGUCGUUGUUUGCUGUGCUGGGCUCCGGCGGCCAUGGCGUGCCUCCAUUUUUACUGUGCUGCUCGCCUCUGUCGCUCUGAGCCUAACAGCAGACUCUAAAGGCCCUAAUAAGUGAUCACCAACCAUAGCUCUUUUUUGGAAUUUAAUGUCGAGUUGUUACUUUCUUUACCGGCUGCCGUUUUUUAUUUGAAUUGGGUAAAAAAAAGCUUAUGGUAGCGCGAGCGUGAAUCUUAAGUUAAUGGUUCAUUUAUCGGUUACAACCUGUCAUCACUUUGAAUCGGUCUGUUUACAUUGUGUAGGUUAAAUUUAACGGAAUUCCACAUCCUUAAAUCUUGUAUUUGGAACUCUUUAUGUGAUGACGCAGUUAUAAUUAAUUGCAUGCGGCUUGAUCAGUGCACUAUAUUGAAGGACGUUGGAUAUUACACGUAUUUUAGCAGCACGUAUAAUAUUUCUUUGCUAUAUUUUAAAUUAGCGAUGUAAACAAUGCUACUAAUAUCUUCCGAUUUAAUGCCCUUUUCUUAACUCGUGUCGCACCGCCGAGGCAUUUACUGCCACUUGAGCAAAGGCUUUCUAUUGGGACUUUUAUGAUAGUUUAUGCUUGCUCUAAACUUUUUGACCGUAAAUACCACCACAAAAGACCAACCUUACAAAGGUUUUCAGGAUAUUACCAUGAUGAAGAACAAAAGUAAAAAACAACUGGAUGAAGGGUCGACUCAAAGCAAUGCAUCAAGCAAUUCGGCCUCGGAGGAAUCCAACCGCUCUGCGUCAGAGUCGGCCAGUCAGUCCGAGAGUGAGCAUGGCAACGAGAGGAGGAGAUCGCACAACUCCGAGUCGAACAGCUCCUCCGACUCAGAGUGUCACUCGGGGUCAGAGAGCGAGUCGGCAGCCCGGCGAGCCACAGCAGAAGUGAAAGACAAGCCCGUUAGAAAGAAGGAGCGACUGGCUGAUGUAAAGAAGAUGUGGGACGAACAUCCAGAUGUAUAUGGAGUCAGGAGGUCAAAUCGCAGUAGACAGGAGCCGGCUCGUUUGAACAUAGGAGCUGGGGGGAGCAGUGACUCGGAGAUCGAAAGUCCCAAGAGAAAAACCUCCCGCGCAAAGAAAAAAGAAAAUGUCUGGGACUCAAAUGAUGAAGACGAGGAGGAGGAGGCUUCCGACAGUGCAGACAGUGAGCAGGAAGAGAGAAAAGUUAGAUCCAGACGACUUCCUGCUAGAAGACCUCAGGCCAAGUCGUCAACCACCAAAAAGCAGCUGUCUCAAAAAAGCAGGAAGUCCAGGAAACAGGACUCCUCUGCAGACGAGGACGAUGACGAGGACGAUGAUGAAGAGGACGACGAUGACGAAGACACUCCAAAGAGACUGACUCGGAAAAGGAGUGCAACGAAAGUCAAAAGUUAUAAAGAGGACCAACACGACUUUGAAACCGACUCUGAUGACCUGAUUGAGAUGACGGGCGAUGCAGGCGAGGAGCAGCAGGAUGAUGACAGUGAGACCAUUGAGAAGGUUAUGGACACAAGGACAGGGAAAAAAGGAGCAACUGGGGCUUCCACCACCGGCUACGCCAUGCAGGAAAACGGUGACCCCAACGAAGGCUUCGACCCCGAGAAAGAUGAAGGGGAGACUCAGUAUCUCAUCAAGUGGAAGGACUGGUCCUACAUCCACAACACGUGGGAGAGCAUGGACUCUCUGCUGCAGCAAAAAGUCAAGGGACUGAAGAAAAUGGACAACUACAAAAGGAAACAAGAGGAGCUGAAUUCCUGGUUGAACAGAGUGUCCCCGGAGGACAUUGAGUUUCAUAACUGCCAACAAGAGCUCAUAUCUGACCUGAACAAGCAGUUUCAGAACGUGGAGCGUAUUAUCGCAACAAAAACAGGAAAGACACCAGGAUCCUCUGACUUUCCUUCUCACAGUCACAAGAUUCCACCUUCCAAUGAGCCAGAGUAUCUCUGCAAGUGGAUGGGCUUGCCUUAUUCCGAGUGCAGCUGGGAGGAUGGAGCUUUGGUUGGAAGGAAGUUUCAGCACUGCAUCGACAGCUUCAUCAACAGAAACUCCAGUAAAUGCGUCCCCUCGAAAGACUGCAAGGUGUUGAAGCAAAGACCGCGGUUCUCUCCUCUGAAGAAACAACCAUCGUAUAUCGGAGACGAUAACCUUCAACUGAGAGAUUAUCAGCUGGAUGGGUUGAACUGGUUGGCCCACUCCUGGUGCAGGUGCAAUAGCGUCAUCCUCGCUGAUGAGAUGGGGCUAGGAAAGACCAUCCAGACCAUCUCCUUCCUGUCGUACCUUUUUCACCAGCAUCAGCUGUACGGGCCCUUCUUGGUGGUGGUGCCUCUUUCCACGCUCAGCUCUUGGCAGAGGGAGUUUGAGACCUGGGCGCCUCAAAUGAACGUGGUGGUCUACCUCGGCGAUGUCAUGAGCAGGAAAUCGAUCCGGGACUACGAGUGGAUCAACCAUCAAACCAAGAGAAUCCGCUUCAACGCGCUUUUAACCACCUAUGAAAUUCUACUCAAAGACAAGGGGGUUCUGGGGAACAUCAACUGGGCGUUUCUGGGCGUGGAUGAAGCUCACAGGCUGAAGAAUGACGACUCCCUGCUGUACAAAACACUAAUGGAGUUCAGGUCCAACCACAGGCUCCUCAUUACCGGCACCCCACUGCAGAACUCCCUCAAAGAGCUCUGGUCGUUGUUGCACUUCCUCAUGCCCGACAAGUUUGAUUCCUGGGAGGAUUUUGACGACGUACACGGGAAAGGAAGUGACAACGGUUAUCAGAGUCUCCACAAGGUCCUUGAGCCCUUCCUUCUGCGGCGCGUUAAGAAAGACGUGGAAAAAUCUCUCCCUGCCAAAGUAGAGCAGAUUCUCCGUGUGGACAUGACUGCACAGCAAAAGCAAUUCUACAAGUGGAUUUUAACGAGGAAUUACAGAGCUCUUUUCAAAGGCACCCGAGGCAGCUCUUCUGGCUUCCUGAACAUAGUUAUGGAGCUUAAAAAGUGUUGCAACCACAGUUUCCUCAUUAAACAGCCUGAGGAUGGAGACAGUGAAACGCAACAGGAACACCUGAAGAGUGUAGUGCGAGGCAGUGGGAAGCUGGUGCUGCUGGACAAGCUGCUGACCAGACUGCGAGAAAGAGGCAACAGAGUCCUGAUCUUCUCCCAGAUGGUCAGGAUGUUGGACAUUCUGGCUGAAUAUCUCGCCAAAAAUCGCUACCCAUUCCAGCGGCUGGACGGUUCCAUAAAAGGAGAAAUACGAAAGCAAGCACUUGACCACUUCAAUGCGGAAGGAUCAGAAGACUUCUGCUUCCUGUUGUCCACCAGAGCUGGAGGCUUAGGGAUAAACUUGGCCUCAGCAGACACCGUUGUCAUCUUUGACUCUGACUGGAACCCUCAAAAUGACCUGCAGGCACAGGCCAGGGCUCACAGGAUCGGCCAGAAGAAACAGGUGAAUAUUUAUCGGCUGGUAACCAAAGGCACGGUGGAGGAGGACAUCAUUGAGAGGGCAAAAAAGAAGAUGGUUUUGGACCAUCUCGUCAUCCAGAGAAUGGACACUACUGGUCGAACUGUACUUGACAGCAACUCAGGAAACACAAAUUCAAACCCAUUCAAUAAGGAGGAACUGACUGCCAUCCUCAAGUUUGGUGCAGAGGAGCUUUUCAAAGAGGCAGAAGGAGAGGAGUCUGAACCGCAGGAGAUGGACAUUGAAGAGAUCCUGAGGUUGGCUGAAACAAGAGAAAGUGACCAAAGCUCAAGUGCUACGGAUGAACUUCUCUCUCAGUUUAAGGUAGCCAAUUUCUCAAGCAUGGAAGAGAGCGCGCCAGAGUUUGUGGACAAGUCCAUACGGGAGUGGGAUGAUAUCAUCCCCGAAGAGCAGCGGCGCAAAGUUGAGGAGGAGGAGAAGCAGCGCGAGAUGGACGACAUCUUCAUGCUGCCCAGGAGCAGAAGCUCUAACAAGAGGGCCCAGGCAAAUGAUAGUGACAGUGACGUGGGCUCCAAGCUGAAGAACCGCUCCUCGGGCUCCGAAAGUGAGACUGAUGACAGUGAUGACGACAAGAAGCCGAAGAAGAGAGGCAGACCGAGAGCCCGCAAGAACAACGUGGAGGGUUUCACCGAUGCAGAGAUCCGCAGGUUCAUAAAGGCAUACAAGAAAUUUGGAUCUCCGCUCGAAAGGUUGGAGGCCAUUGCCCGAGAUUCUGAGCUGGUGGACAAAUCCAUCGCGGACCUGAAGAGACUUGGUGAACUGAUUCAUACUAGUUGUUUGACUGCAGUGCAGGAGCACGAGGAGCACCUCAAAGAGAACCCAGUCGAAGCUAAAGGCCCGGGGAAGCGGCGAGGAAUUAACAUCAAGAUCUCGGGAGUGCAGGUGAACGCCAAGUCCAUCGUCCAGCACGAGGAAGAGUUUGAGCCCCUGCACAAAGUGGUGCCCUCCAAUCCGUCUGAGAGAUAUAAGUUCCAUCUAGCGUGCAGGGUGAAGGUAGCCCACUUUGACGUAGACUGGGAGCUGCAGGAUGACAUCCAGCUCUUGCUUGGUAUCUAUGAGCAUGGCUUUGGCAACUGGGAUCUGAUCAAGACGGAUUCUGACCUUAAACUCGCUGACAAGAUUCUCCCUGACGAUCCGUGCAAGAAGCCUCAGGCCAAGCAGUUGCAGGCGAGAGCCGAGUAUCUUCUCAAGAUGUUGAAAAAAGAACAAGACACCACGGACCUGUCUAAAACAGGGGAGGAGGUCAAAGUGAGGAAGAGGAAGCCUCGGGUGAAAAAGGAGAACAAGAUCCUCAAGGACGAGCAAGGCAAUGACAUCUCCUCCCCCCGCCUGUCCGACAACCUGUCAGAAGAGGGCGAGGUCAAGGAUGAUGGAACAGAGAAAUCCCCCACCAAGAAACGACAAAAGAAAAAGGACAACAAAGAGAACAAAGAAAAACAGGGAACUCCUAAAAAGGAAAAAGACGGGGACAAAGACAAAAAGGGACCAAAGCCCAGGAAAGAAAAGGCUAAAGGAGCUAAAGGGAAGAAGACUCAAGGUCCAGUCCACAUAACGGCUGGGUCCGACCCCAUUCCCAUUGAAGGAAAGGAGGAUGAUGGACUUGACCAGGACACUUUCAGUGUUUGUAAGGAGCGCAUGAGACCGGUCAAAAAGGCCCUGAAGCAGCUGGAUAAACCCGACGAGGGUCUGUCUGAUCAGGAGCAGCUCCAGCACACCCGCACAUGCCUGCUGAAGAUUGGAGACCGAAUCACAGAGUGCCUUAAAGCCUACAGUGACCCGGAACAUGUUAAGAUAUGGCGCAGAAACCUUUGGAUAUUUGUAUCCAAGUUCACAGAGUUUGGUGCCAGGAAGCUUCACAAGCUUUACAAAAUGGCGCAGAAGAAGCGAUCACACGAGGAAGAGAAAGAGCAGAAGAAGAAGGAGGAUUCUGGAGGGAGGGGCAAAAACUUCCGCCCCGAGCCCUGCGGCUCCAGUAGAGAAUCCACGGGUACCCAGUCGUCCUGCAAACCCGGAUCGCACUCCUCUCAGACGGGCCCCCACGGACACCACAGAGAGCCGUACAACUCGGCUAACAAACGGCACUUUGGCAAUGACGAUAGAGGAGACUGGCAGAGGGACCGUAAAUACAAUUACCCGAGCAACAGCAACCAGUCGUGGCAGGGCGAGCGGCAUCACACGUACGAUCGCUACAAGGAUCACUAUGGCGACCGGCGACCACAUGGAGAUUCGUACCGCAGCUCGGGCAGUUACCGCAACAACAGCUCCCCUCGAAAAAGGACCUACGAGCAGUACAGCAACGACCGGGACCACAGGGGCCACAGGCCCUAUUACGACAGGAACUCGGAUCCCAAAAGAAGGCGUCCCGAUGAGUUCCGUCCCAACUACCACCAGGGAAGAGAGGGCCCCCUGCAGGACUUCAGGAGGAUGCCAGAGCAGAGGCUGACUGGUCCGCCCGGGCCGGAGCACUACGGCCGGCCCUUCAACGCCGACAAACCCCCCCCGCCACUGGACCCCCGCUCGCCGCAGGCAGAGAAGUCUCCGCAGGACUCGCGCUCUCCACCGGAGCGGCCCGCCGACCCCAACGCCGCAGCCGACCCCAACUGGAACAACAGGAAAACAUGAGAGGACGCCAGGUGCUGCCGACGGAGCCUCGACCCCGACCAAUCUUAAGCUCACAGAGCGAGACGAACACGUGCCCUUCUUGACCGGCAAAAACUACUCGUUGCUCGUUUCCCUCUCGGUGACACGGGCUGUGAAUGAUGAAGGAAGCUGCUUGUUUGUCCGUCUUCUUCAAGAUGGAGGGGAAAAAGAAACUUAAAAAACAAGCAUCUGUAUUUAAACAAAUUGACUCAAAUCAGUCAAUCGUGGUUCGACUGAGUGAAGGAUGCUUAGUCCCGUGGACUAGUUCUAAGGAGAAUUUAGGAUGCAUGAACUGAUGAAUGAUCUCAAUCCUAAAAGUGCCUGGAGGCUUUGACCUUUCUGAAUGGUAAAUGUUGGGAUUCUUCCCAGAGGAAUCGCAACAUGGACAUUUAUUUGUUUGUGUUUAGCUUUAAGUAUUGCGAAUGAUGUCAUUAGAAGAUUCUGUUAUGAAAGGCUGCGUCAUGUGUUCAUGUCAUCAUCCGCGCCGUGUACAUGUAGCUGAACUGAACCCCCCACGAGGGUUAAAAUGGUGACGUGACGGCCUAAUUCUUGAGAAAUGAACAACAAAGCCAGUACGUUCCUUUCAAACACUCUACGAGUUGUUUGAACACUGUUUUUAGCAGACUCCUAUCUCGUGUGUACAGAUGAUUGGUUCUGACAUUGUAUAGCUCUAUAAAUCAUGGCAAUCCUCUUGCUUUGUUCACUUUAACCACUUUCCCCUCUUAGUAGGUCCAAUGACAUGGAAGCUUUGUAAAGCAGUAUUUAUUGCAACAAGUUGUGCAAAGGUUGAUAACACUAAUUCGGGACAAUCCUUUCUUUUUGUUGCCUUUCAGUGUUCUGGUGGUUAAGGAUGGUACUUCAGUGUAGUUUCAUUAAUUCAUUUUCCCACCUACGUAAGUUCUCGAUGACGUCUUUGUGAAAUACUUUGUGAUGAAAACCUUUCUUACCUUAUCAAUUGUUUGAGGGUUAUCUGGGAUUUGCUAAUGGCAUUUCUUUGUUUAUUACCUUUUGGUCACUCUUUUAUUGUGCCAAACCUGCUCUGGCCCUCAAUCGUUUUGUUUUUUUAUGCUUCUCCAUUUGUGCCUUAUUUAUUUGUGUAUUAUCAUACUGUAUAACUUUCAUGGACAGUACUUGGGCCUGAUACAGGCAGGGUUUAGUAUUACAGUCUCAUUUUAAGGAAAUUGCUCUAAACAAACUGGUAAGGGAUCACUUAUUCUGGUCUUCACCAUGUAAUUCUGUGGUUUCCAAAAGUGUUGAUUAAACUAAAGAAACCCUCAGUUUGGUCCAGCCACCGCAUCUUUUUCUCUGUUAAGGUAGCUGCCGUUUCUGUGCUGUCUAAAUUUAUUUUUCUGACCACCACUCUUCAUAUGUAAUAAACUUUGUUACACACUGAAAA